UUUCCUUCUCUUGCCUUCCCUUGUCUUUCCUUUCCCAUUCCUUUCCUUGGCUUUCUUUGCCUUCCCUUUCCUUUCCCUUCCCUUGCCUGCCAGCCCUUUGCCGAAGCCGGGCUCGGAAGUCGGAGAGCCGUCGAUGACGGCGGGUCCCUUGCGGGCCGCCCUUGCCUCCGGGGCCCUUCCUCCUCCUCCUCUCCUUCCUCCGGUGCCUCCUUCUUCUUUCCCGAUGUCAGAGAAGAGCCAGCAGCAGCAGCAGCAGCAGCAUCCGGGGCCCCCUUUGCCCUCGAGUUCGGGGUCUGCCAUGGAGUCGGCUUCCUCGACCACCUCCUCGACGCCCAGCAGCAGCAGCAGCAGCGGAGGCAGCAGCGGAGGCGGCGGCGGCGGCGGCGGCGGAGGCUCGGGCUCCAAAGGCAAGAAGAGCCAGGCGGGGAUCCGGCGCCCGGAGAAGCCGCCCUACUCCUACAUCGCGCUGAUCGUGAUGGCCAUCCAGAGCUCGCCCUCCAAGCGGCUGACGCUGAGCGAGAUCUACCAGUUCCUGCAGUCGCGGUUCCCCUUCUUCCGCGGGGCCUACCAGGGCUGGAAGAACUCGGUCCGCCACAACCUCUCGCUCAACGAGUGCUUCAUCAAGCUGCCCAAGGGCCUGGGCCGCCCGGGCAAGGGCCACUACUGGACCAUCGACCCGGCCAGCGAGUUCAUGUUCGAGGAGGGCUCCUUCCGACGCCGCCCGCGGGGCUUCCGAAGGAAGUGCCAGGCCCUCAAGCCCAUGUACGGCAUGAUGAACCUCAACUUCAACCCCAUCCCCCCGGACUCCUACGGCUUCCAGGGGGGGCCUUGCCCGGGCAACGCCUUGGCCGGACUCGACGGGGGGCCCUUGGCCAUGAUGAACGUGGAGGGCAUGGGCCUGGCUGCUGCCCACUUGCCCUCCAACGGCGGGCACCACGCCUACAUGGGCAGCUGCGGGGGAGGCAACGGGGGCAACGGGGGCGGCUCGACGGCCGGGGACUAUGGGCACCACCACCACGAAGCCUCCGCCGUGCCAGCCUCGCCCCUCGGAGCGGUGAUGGAGCCCCACUCGGUCUACUCCGGCGGCCCUCCCUCCGCCUGGGGAGCCUCCGCCGGAGCCGCCUUGAACCCGGGCCCUCCGUCCUACAUCAAGCAGCAGCCCCUCUCGCCUUGCAACCCGGGAGGGAACCCGCUCUCCUCGGGGAUGGGCAGCCACUCCUUGGAGCAGCCCUACCUCCACCAGAACAGCCACAACCCAGCCGAGCUGCAAGGCAUCCGGUACCAUUCCCAAUCGCCCAGCAUGUGUGACCGGAAAGAGUUUGUCUUCUCCAUCAAUGCCAUGGCGUCAUCUUCGAUGCAUUCCGGAGGCAGCGGCUCUUACUACCACCAGCAAGUGACGUAUCAAGACAUCAAACCUUGCGUGAUGUGACAACAGCAGGGUUGGGGGGAGCCAAGCUUUCAUUGGGAGCAGCCACGUCUCUAGUGACCAAAGUGAAAACUAGGCAUGACUUCUUGCAACCUUCUGGAAGCCAAAAGACCUCCCUGGGAAGCUAGAGACUGAGAGUUGCUUAUGAGGUAUAUAAAUUUUGGAGGCAUCUACGGAAAGGAACGUUCUGGCCUCGGACAAACACGAAAGAGGAGCAGAGAUGGAUAGAGUGAGGGAGAACCAUGCCAAGCCAUGCUCUUUAUCUUGGGCCUCCUUACAUCUAGAACUGCAGUCUGAGAACACUUCCAAGAACUACUUUGGCGGCAUUGUCUUCUCUACUUUUACUUCAGGUUUCAACUCAGCGGUCUUUUCAGAGACAUCCUAAGCGCUUGACCAUUCCUAAUAAUAUAUUUUUGACCAUUUUAAACAAUCUUUUACCAAAACGAACCAUGGAUUCUUGGCUUUGAGAGACAAGGAUCUGCUGAACAAAGAAGGAACAAACAACUCCUGUACUCCUAAUGGCCAUGGGUUUCAAGAAAUGUCAAUCCCUUUGUCUCUGGGUUCCUUACUCAGUAAAAAGGAAUUGGUUUCAGGUUGUACCUUCUAGUGUUUGUGAGUGAAUAUUAAACUAUACAUAGUUCAUGGUAUAUUUACCUCUGAUUCAGGUCAAGAGAGCAAUCUCUCCAAAAUUCAGCGAGCGCUGAGACGUUUUCUCCACAUUUUGUUCCCCAAACUGUGUGUUGUAUUCCCAGACGAUCCGAAAAGUGGAAUGAAACACCCAUCGCACAUCCCACACACAACACAUACACAACACACACAUGAGGCCACCAUAGAACUGUGGAUGUGGGACCAGUUAGUAGCAGGAACCUUCCCCAUGAAGUCUUUUCCCAUUUUCCCCGUUUGAACUUCCCCGAGUCUUAUUUUAACUGUUAAGUACAAAAUUACAAAGAGAAGCACUUUGAGAAAUAGAGGUGAAAAUAAAACUUAAAAAAGAAAGGAUGAACAAGGCUCAUGCUUUUAUUUAUUCAAACAUUUUAAUAAAACACAACAGCGGCCUUGGUCAGUCAGUAUUAAAAUAGCAAACGUGUUGGCAAUAUUUGCCAUAGAGAGUUUGUGCGAAGUGACCAUUGCAAAUGUCCGACGGCGGCGAGGCGAAGCAGUUUCCCCUGUGUUUUUUAUAUAUAUAAUUAUAUAUAUAAAUAUAUAAAUAUAUAAAUAUGAUAAAUGAAGGACGCUUCUUUUUCUCUUUCCUCUCUGUUAUGCCCUUAUCCCACCCGCCUUUUGGACCUGACUGUACAGUUUGGGCGACACUCUUGUUUUCGAACUUCAUUGUACACUGUAUAAAAAGUGUAAUUAUGGCAGAUUGGGGAGAGGUCUAGACUCCCUAUUUUUUUGUGUGUGUGUACGUUUGUCCUUUUUUAAAAAAUGGAACGCAAAUAAUAAUAAUAAUAAAAAAUGUAUGGUAUUCGUACACAGCCUUCACAAAUUGUAUAAACCGUCAAUAAACCAGUGUGUGGCAUAGAAACCUGUGUAGUAGCAUGUUGGGAAUAAAAAUCCAAAGCGAAAGGAGACUAGUUGCCAUCUUAGGAUGUUUCCUAUGGACCAAGGCUGCCAGUUACUCCAACUGUACUAUGUUCUUGUGGUUUCCCAUUGUAGGAUAGGUGGAUCUAUCCUAGAUAGGAGUUUUGGAGACGUUUUGUUGGAGGUGUUUUGCUCCGUUCUUAUUUCUUUUCCCCCACUAUGACAAUGCAAGGGUAAAUCUCGGCGCAUGACUUCUCUGCAUGGUUCGCCAUGUGUUGAUAGGUCUUUAAAAAUGGUCAAACCCUAUACCAUU